CUGCACGGAAAUUAGCCAUCUAAGUUAAACCCAACUCGAGUUGGUUAAGUAAAACACACCAGCCUCUGCUACUGAACGGCAUAUUAUUUAGCAGCGGAAAUGUAAGUUGCAUAAACUACCAUUGAAACCGGAUUCGAUCGCAACAGCGUUGGGCUAUUUGUGUGCAGUUUGAAGAAGAGAGGUUGUCGGCUCCCACCCCACUGCUCAGGUCUCAGAGCUCCACAGGACCCUACCCUGAGGGGCUGCCAUGGGAGAGGUUGUGAUUGUGAAGGAGGGCUGGCUCCAUAAGAGAGGAGAGUACAUUAAGACAUGGAGGCCCAGGUACUUCCUGCUGAAGAGUGAUGGGACAUUCAUUGGCUACAAGGAGCGGCCACAGGACGUGGACCAGCUGGAGACGCCACUCAACAACUUCUCUGUGGCCCAGUGCCAGCUGAUGAAGACGGAGAGGCCGAAGUCCAACACCUUCAUUAUUCGUUGUCUGCAGUGGACAAGCGUCAUAGAGCGCACCUUCCAUGUGGAAACUCCGGAGGAGAGAGAGGAGUGGACAAAGGCGAUCCAGGCGGUGGCGGACAGCCUGCAGAGGCAGGAGGAGGAGAGGAGGGACUCGUCCUCUGACCCCUUCGAUGUGGACCUGUGUCCCUCUAAACCCCGUCACAAAGUGACUAUGCACAACUUUGAAUACCUCAAACUCCUGGGGAAAGGCACUUUUGGGAAAGUGAUUCUGGUGAAAGAGAAAGCCACUGGGAAAUACUAUGCCAUGAAGAUCCUCAAGAAGGAAGUGAUAGUGGCAAAAGAUGAGGUAGCACACACUCUGACUGAGAACCGGGUUCUACAGAGCUCCAAGCACCCUUUUCUCACGGGAUUGAAGUAUUCCUUCCAGACACAUGAUCGAUUGUGCUUCGUCAUGGAGUACGCCAAUGGUGGAGAGCUCUUCUUCCAUCUAUCCAGGGAGCGGGUAUUCACUGAAGAGCGCUCUCGCUUCUACGGUGCCGAGAUCGUGUCUGCGCUGGACUACCUCCACUCGGAGAGGAAUGUAGUGUACCGUGACCUCAAGCUGGAGAACCUGAUGCUGGACAAAGAUGGCCACAUUAAGAUCACUGACUUUGGGCUCUGCAAAGAAGGCAUCACGGACGGGGCCACCAUGAAGACCUUCUGCGGCACGCCGGAGUAUCUGGCCCCUGAGGUGCUGGAGGACAAUGACUACGGCCGUGCGGUGGACUGGUGGGGUCUGGGCGUGGUCAUGUACGAGAUGAUGUGCGGCCGGCUGCCCUUCUACAACCAGGACCACGAGCGCCUGUUCGAGCUCAUCCUCAUGGAGGAAAUCCGCUUCCCACGCACCCUUGGCCCCGAGGCCAAAGCCCUGCUCUCCGGCCUGCUGCACAAGGACCCCAAACAGCGGUUAGGGGGUGGCCCUGAUGAUGCUAAAGAGAUCAUGCAGCAUACCUUCUUCUCUGGAAUCCAGUGGCAGGAUGUGUACGGGAAAAAGCUGGACCCACCCUUCAAGCCCCAGGUGACUUCCGAAACGGACACGCGGUAUUUUGAUGUGGAGUUCACUGGACAAACCAUCACCAUCACUCCCCCUGGACAAGAUGACAACAUGGAGUCCUUUGACAGUGACAGGAGGCCUCACUUUGAACAGUUCUCCUAUUCGGCCAGUGGAACUACAUAGUCCUCCUCUGCUACUCUCCCCAUCUCACUCUCUCUCUUCCUUUUUGUCUCUUUUACUCUUUCUCUCUGACACUCUUUUCCCCCCAUCUGUCUUUCAUUCACUCUGCUCUUUCCUCUCUUUCCCCUUUUCAGCUCUACUUUAUCAUCCCUCUUUCUCUCCAUCUCUCUUCCCUCCAUCACAUCUCUUGUGCUUCUGUAUCUCUUCUAUCCCCUCUAUCUCCUUCUCUUCUCUCUCUCUCUCUCUCUCUCUCUCUCUCUCUCUCUCUGCACUCUGUUCUGAUCAUCAUCAUCAUCAUCCUCCAGUUUUCCUCCAGCUCCCACAGCUUCUCCUGCCAACUUCUCCCAUCAUGCAGCAUUGGUUCUACUUUUUCCCAGAAUUUCUCCCCCUUUGCCACAGGGAGGGAUAACACUACACACUCCAGGAAGUUCCCAGAAACCACCCCCCGCCCCUCCCACACACACACACACACACACACACACACACACACACACACACA